GUACCAAAACAAUAAACUGUUGUAUUAUGAUGUGAGAUCGAGACGUGAACAGUUAGUUUGGAUUUAAUGGUAUUACAAUCAAGUUACCCUGUAAAGUGAAUACAUUGAUAACAAACCCAUUAAUGUCCCUCGAUCUACUUUAGGGUUGUUAGACGGAAGUGCAUCUCAUAAGAUCACACGUUCAUCUAGUAAAGGGUAGCUAUAUCGAUAGAUACUAACUCGAAUUGUAUCAUAUUUUAUUCCCUCUACGGUAAUUAACGGAAAGGAAAUUCAAUAACGCUAUGACAACGUCACAUUAUGUUUACUUAUAGUAUUAAUAAGUAUAAACAGAAUAUAGCUGGUAAUAUAUUAGUACAGAAUUAAUCCCGCUUUAUAUUUUUCUAUUCCAACCCUUAAAACACCCCUUAUUUACCAAUUUGUCAGGGUAUAGGUACGGAGAAUGGUUGCGCACAGAUGCACAAAAGAUCAUGUUGCAUAUCAUGGAUAAAUUAUAGGCACUGACCCUUGCUUCAAAAAUCGAUCGGUAUACUUCUUUCCUUGCUUUACACAAACCAUUUUGAAGCUCUCUGCUUUUGUGAUUUUCUCGUAAAAAUCAAAACAAUAACACUACAACACACAUUCGUUAAAACUACAAGCUACACUCUUUAUUAAACAAAAUGUUCAACAAAUUAAUCGUCGCUGCUAUUGCCGCAUGCUCAGUUAGCGUUUCUGCCGCACCUGUUGCCAAAAUGGGUGAUGACGCUUUCGUUAUUAAACGUCAAGAUGCUCUCCUUUCACCAGUUGCACAAGCUCUUGGCGGUGUUAAGAGUGUUGCAGGCAUGAAACGUGAUGGUGCAGUUGAACAAGUCACUGAUAAGCUCGCUGAACCUCUUGACUCAACUACUACUGGCUGGUUGAAGAGACAAAACACUCUCGAAGAAAUAUUAUCAGGUUUAGAAUCAAACCAAGACCUUCAAGGUGCACUUUCUGCAGUCCAAUCACAAUCACAAUCACAAGGUAUCUCACCACAAUCUGUUGAACCAGAAAUUGGAAAAAUUGUUGAAGUUUUGAAGUCAACCACUUCCAGCAUUCAAUCUGCUGAUACCAACUCUGAUCACUCCGCACUCGGUUUGCUCGUCUCUGGACAAUUAUACAACAUUGUCCAAAAACUUUCACCUCUUUUGGAUAAGCUCGGUGAAGGUCUCGGUUUAGAGGAUGUAAUUAAACCAUUGGAUGCUGAACUCCUUGGCCUUAUCAAGUCACUCGAACCAGCAGUUGCAAACAUUGAACAGAUCGUCGGUGGAUUACUUUCAGAUCUCGGUUUGGGUCCCCUUGGUGAUCUCCUCCACAACGCUCUCGAGAGAGGAGUACCAACUUUGCUCGCCGGCUUAGAUCACACUGUUCUUUCUAAGCUUAAUGAUGUACCAGUCGUUGGUUCUCUUUUAGAAGGUUUAGGAUUAUAAUUUCGUAACUAAGACCGGAUUUUAGUUAUGUUUCUUUUUACAUUUCUGUUUCUUAUCAUCAAAUAUUGUAAAUACCCUUAAUUUUCGUUUUAUAUUUGAUAUUUUCAACCUUUCUU